GAGCGGCUGUGGUCGUCCGGAGCUCGCGACAAAAGUUUCCAAUCCAAGAAACGGAAGUUGAGUUCGGAGCGACGGCGUGUUACCGGAAGUGAAGAUUGAAGACGUGAUAGAAGAUGGACGACUUCUGCUAUGCUAAGAUGGCGACGUCAUGUCAAAGAGAAAGUGAAAGACAAUCAGCAACUUCCAGCAAAUCACCAACGGAGGAAAAGACGACAAGUGCAGAUCUUGAAGACAUCCAGCAACUAAAUGGUCACCUGGAAGAAUUUCCCCCUCAGUGGCAGGAAGCGGAUCUCCCCGAGCUGCCACUAGUUGUUGUCGCUGUGAAGACUGAAGACUACGAUGACAAACCAGAGUCUUUUCAUUCUUUGGGUCUUGCAGACGUUCAGCAUCUUAUUGGUCUUCCAGAAGAACUCCCCCCUCUGCCGCGAGGGGGAGGCUCCACUUUGAAGCAGGAGGAUCCACAGCCCCCCCACAUUAAACAGGAAGAGGAGGAACUUUGGGUGACUAAGGAGGGAGAGGGUCUCACGGAUAUCACAAAGUUGCUCCUGGAGACUGAAGAUGAUGAAAAGAAACCAAAACCAGGCAACCUCUUAGCUCCACUAUCAGAUAGGGAGGCUGAAGACGGGGUUGAAGUACCUUUGAGCAGCGAUACAGACUGUGAAGGCGAUAUGAGGACUCACACUGACAACAAACUCUCUAAAUGUCCCGGAAAGAAGACGGGUGAAAACUGUUUUAGUUGCUCAGUUUGUGCUAAAAGCUUCAGCAAAAAUUGCAAUUUGACUCAACACAUGAGAACUCACGCAGAAGAAAAGCCAUUCAGUUGUUCAGUUUGCGGUAGAGGAUUCACUCAGAAGGCAAGCAUGGAUGCACACAUGGCAACGCAUGCGGAAAGAAAACAUUUCCGCUGCUCCGUUUGCAGUGGCGGCUUUGCGCACAGGCAGAGUUUGUCCCGACACAUGCUGAAACACACCGGAGAGAAACCCUUCAGUUGUUCAGCGUGUGGCAAAAGGUUCUCUUUCAAAUACCUGAUGGUAAAACACACGCGGACACACGCCAGAGAAAAACACUUCGGUUGCUCAGUUUGCGGUCACAUAUUUCCAGAGAAGGCAACCAUGGUAACGCACAUGAAAAUGCACAAAGAAGAAAAACCUUUUUGUUGCACGGUAUGCGCUAAAAGAUUCGCUCAGAAGUCAAGUAUGGUGAAACACAUGAAAACGCACACACGUGAUGAACAAUUGAGUUGUUCAGUUUGUGGUGACAUGUUCACUGAGAAGGCAACUUUGGUAGCGCACAUGAAAGCGCACAAGGAGGAAAACCCCAUUCGUUGCUCAGUCUGUGGCAAAUUAUAUCGUUACAAACAAAAUUUGUCCCGACACAUGCUGAAACACACCGGAGAAAAACCCUUUACUUGUUCCGUUUGCGGGAAAGGAUUCUCCCUGAAAUAUUCAAUGGUUGCACAUAUGAGAAGGCACACGGGAGAGCAACCAUUUCUGUGCUCAGUUUGCGGUAAAUUGUUCACCUUGAAGGCAUCUUUGUCAAUGCACAUGAGGACGCACGCGGACAAAAAGCCUUUCCGUUGCUCAGUUUGCGGCAAAUUCUUUUGCUACAGACAGACUUUGACGAGACACAUGCUGAGGCACACUGGAGAAAAACCCUUCGGUUGUUCAGUUUGUGGCAAAGGAUUCACCUGCAAGGAAACUAGAGAAAUGCACAUGAAAAUGCACACGGAAGAAAACCUGUUUUGUUGCUCCGUUUGUGGUGAAUUAUUUUGUUACAGACAAAGUCUGAACCGGCACAUGCUGAAACACAACGGAGAGAAACCCUUCAGUUGUUCAGUUUGCGGUAGAAGUUUCUCGCUGAAAUACUUGUUGGUGAAACACGCCAGGACACACAGCAGAGAGAAACCCUUCAGUUGUUCAGUCUGCGGCAAAAGAUACUCGGACAAGAAAGGUAUUCAUGCGCACAUGAGAACACACAGAGGAGAAUAGUCUUUUACGUGCUCGGUUGGGGGUAAAGGUUGAACUAUAAGAUUGGGUUGACAGCACACAAUAGGUGCGGAAAGAUUUCCAAAUCAUUAAAGUGUAAAGUUCCAUGAGAGAACUCACCUAAAAAAGUGACGAUUUGCGGUGCUAAGUGAUGCCAAGAACAGCAGCUACGUAACUUUUGAUUGGUGGAGAACAACAUAGAUGUGGUUUUCCUCGCCCUUCUUUUGGAUUACACAAGUGUACAUCAGUGAUCAUGACAUUGUGUUUGUGUCGUGACAAGGUUGCAUGACAGUGUCGUACAUGCACGCAGAGUGUAAGUUACAACAUAUCCUCUACGUUCAACAACACCUAAAUGUGUUUUAUUACAUGAAUAAGAACUGUCAUGUGACUAUAGAAGACCAUUUAUGAUUGGUUUACUUUUCCUAUGUUUCCUAUACUGUACCUAAAUGAACAUGGAAUGGAUUUGGGUGUUCAGUUUGAAUGUUUAGCAACAAGGAAGUGUAUGUAUGUAUUAAUAAUAUCUAUCACAGGCUAAAUAUUCUAUCAGUGACAUACUGUAUCUUGAUAUCACAAAAUAUUGUUGUUGCUGCAGAACAGAGAAGUGACUAAAUGUAAACUAUGUUUACACAUGCGCCAGAAGCGAGCAACUUCCAUGUCCUACAUUUUUCAAAAUGUAGGCCUUUCACUGUAUUUAUAAAGGACCAGUUCGUGAAAGUGUCCACGGAUAAUUAAUGUAAAAAAUGUAAACAACUUUUAUCCCU